UGGCGGCCGCGGCGACCCUGGCGAUGGCGGUGGAGCCCAUCAGAACAUAGUGGCGGGGAAGGGGGCACAGUCCGCACUCACGGUGGCGUCGGCGGCGACGGCUGAGGGUGGUGGAGGGAAGAAAAGCGACGGAGAGCAAAAGGAAGGGCAGGCAGGCAAACAACUCGGCGUAGAACCGAGCGCCGGCUCGAGCGAAGGCAGAGGGCCAGAACAGUGGGGAUGGCGGAGCCACGCAGAGUAGCGUUUAUUAGUCUGUCACCGGUGAGGCGGCGCGAGGCCGAGUUCCCGGGGGCCGAACGCGAGCCCGACUACCCUCGCGAGCCCCCCCGACUGGAGCCGCAGCCGUACCGCGAGCCGGCCCGGGCGGAGCAGUCGGCCCCGCGGGAGGUUGCCCCCCGGUCGGACGCGCAGCCCCCGCCGCGGGAGAAGCCGCUCCCCCAGCGCGAGGUCAGCCGCGCCGAGCCGCCCAUGUCGCUGCAGCGCGAGCCCCCUAGGCCCGAGCCGCCGCCGCCGCCGCCGCCGCCGCUCCCGCAGUUGCACUUGCAGCCGCCUCCGCCGCGGGAGUCGGCUUCCCGGGCCGAGCCGCAGCAGAGGCCGCCGAAGGAGACAGUGCGCCUGGAGCUGGUGCUCAAGGAUCCCACCGACGAGAGCUGCGUGGAGUUCAGCUACCCGGAGCUGUUGCUGUGCGGAGAACAACGGCAGAAGAAGCCCGUUUACACGGAAGACCCAUUCAAUGAUGAUCAUCAAGAGAGGCAAGAAGUGGAAAUGUUGGCUAAGAAGUUUGAAAUGAAAUAUGGUGGGAAGCCCCGUAAACACCGGAAGGAUCGGCUACAAGAUUUAAUCGAUAUAGGCUUUGGCUAUGAUGAGACAGAUCCAUUUAUUGAUAAUUCAGAGGCUUAUGACGAAUUAGUUCCUGCUUCUCUAACAACAAAAUAUGGAGGCUUUUAUAUCAACACUGGCACUCUCCAGUUUCGCCAAGCUUCAGAUACUGAAGAAGAAGAUAUUACAGACAACCAAAAGCACAAGCCACCCAAAAUUCCCAAAAUGAAAGAAGAUGAUAUUGAGAUGAAGAAGCGGAAGCGGAAAGAGGAAGGGGAAAAGGAGAAGAAGCCAAGGAAAAAAGUACCGAAACAACUGGGAGUUGUGGCUCUAAAUUCACACAAAUCUGAAAAAAAGAAGAAACGUUAUAAAGAUUCUCUUUCUCUAGCUGCCAUGAUAAGAAAAUUUCAAAGAGAGAAGGAUGCAUUAAGGAAGGAGUCUAACCCUAAAGUCCCAGUGAACUUCUCAACCUCCUCUCUGAAUAAAACCCCCUCUGCUGCUGUGGCAUUGGGAAAUGAUGUCUCGGACUUAAAUCUGAAUAGUGCUGAUCCGGACCUCCCCAUUUUUGUUAGCACAAAUGAACAUGAACUAUUUCAGGAAGCUGAAAAUGCCCUAGAGAUGCUAGAUGAUUUCGACUUUGACAGAUUACUGGAUGCUGCUUCUAAUGGUAGCCCCCUCUCUGAGUCAGGAGGAGAGAAUGGAAACACCACCCAGCCAACCUAUGCCUCUCAAGUUAUGCCCAAGGUGGUACCUACACUCCCAGAGGGUCUGCCCGUCCUUCUUGAAAAACGUAUCGAAGACCUCCGCGUAGCUGCCAAACUUUUUGACGAAGAAGGAAGGAAAAAAUUCUUUACACAGGAUAUGAAUAAUAUUCUUCUGGACAUUGAGUUACAGCUGCAGGAACUAGGCCCUGUCAUUCGUAGCGGUGUCUACUCCCACCUUGAAGCUUUUGUGCCAUGCAAUAAAGAAACACUGGUAAAACGUCUAAAGAAGUUACAUCUCAAUGUCCAGGAUGAUCGUUUAAGAGAACCUCUGCAAAAACUGAAACUGGCUGUUAGCAAUGUCAUGCCUGAACAGCUAUUUAAAUACCAGGAGGACUGCCAGGCUCGUAAUCAAGCUAAGUGUGCCAAGUUUCAAACAGAUGAAGAACGAGAAAAAAAUGGAUCUGAGGAAGAUGAUGAUGAGAAACCAGGGAAACGUGUCAUAGGACCAAGGAAGAAAUUCCACUGGGAUGACACCAUUAGAACUUUGUUAUGUAACCUUGUUGAGAUCAAAUUGGGAUGCUAUGAGUUAGAGCCAAAUAAAAGCCAGUCUGCUGAGGAUUAUCUUAAAUCCUUUAUGGAGACAGAGGUGAAACCAUUGUGGCCUAAGGGCUGGAUGCAGGCAAGAAUGCUUUUUAAGGAAAGUCGGAGUGUACAUAAUCAUCUUACUUCUGCUCCGGCAAAGAAAAAGGUGAUUCCUGCACCUAAACCCAAAGUGAAGGAGUGUAGUCCAAAAAAGGACCAGAAAACUCCUGCAUCCUUGGUGGCUUCAGUUGGUGGCCCUUCAACGAGCUCUAGCACGUCUGCUGUGGCCUCCACCAGUUCUAGCUCUACACCAGCCCAGGAGACGAUCUGCCUUGAUGACUCACUAGAUGAAGAACUUUCUUUUCAUCCACCUGCACUGGAUCUUGUUUCUGAAGCUUUAGCUGUUAUCAACAACGGGAACAAGGGCCCUCCAGCUGGCUCAAGGAUAAGUAUGCCAACUGCAAAACCUCGUCCAGGACUGAGAGAGGAAAAAUUAGCAAGUAUCAUGAGUAAACUGCCACUGGCUACUCCCAAAAAACUAGAUUCUACUCAGACCGCACAUUCAUCAAGUCUUAUUGCUGGCCACACAGGGCCAGUACCAAAGAAACCCCAGGAUUUAGCUCAUACUGGCAUCUCUUCAGGCCUUAUUGCUGGUUCUUCAAUUCAGAACCCUAAAGUUUCCUUAGAACCUUUGCCAGCCAGGCUACUUCAACAAGGACUACAGAGGUCAAGCCAGAUUCAUGCUUCUUCCUCUUCACAGACCCAUGUCUCCUCUUCUUCCCAAGCCCAAGUUGCUGCCUCCUCUCACGCUCUGGGAACAUCAGAGGCCCAAGAUGCUUCUUCGUUAACACAAGUAACAAAGGUGCACCAGCAUUCAGCUGUCCAACAGAACUAUGUGUCUCCAUUACAAGCAACUAUUAGUAAAUCACAGACCAAUCCAGUGGUGAAAUUAAGUAAUAAUCCCCAACUUUCCUGUUCAUCCCCACUUAUUAAGUCUUCAGAUAAGCCACUUAUGUACCGCCUUCCCUUAUCUGCUCCCCCACCUGGAAAUGGUUCUCAAGGGUCCCACUCCCUGGUUUCUAGGACAGUACCUAGCACCACUACCUCCAGUAACUAUUUAGCCAAGGCGAUGGUGUCACAAAUCCCCACGCAGGGUUUCAAAUCUCCCUUCUCAAUGGCUGCAUCCCCAAAACUUGCCGCAUCUCCGAAACCUGCCACAUCUCCUAAACCCUUGCCCUCACCUAAGCCUUCUGCCUCACCCAAGCCCUCUCAGUCAGCUAAGCCUUCAGUAUCAACUAAACUUAUUUCUAAAUCCAACCCAACUCCCAAACCUACUGUAUCCCCAAGUCCUUCCAGUCCGAAUGCACUAGUGGCCCAGAGUAGCCACUCUAGCGGUAACAACCCAGUCCAUAAACAGCCCAGUGGAAUAAACAUCAGCAGACAGUCUCCCACCUUGAAUUUAUUGCCCUCUAAUCGCACUUCAGGCCUUCCAUCUACAAAAAAUCUUCAGGCCCCUCCAAAGCUAACAAACUCAUCAUCCACUGGAACUGUCGGCAAGAAUAGCUUGAGUGGAAUUGCAAUGAAUGUACCGGCCAGCAGAGGUAGCAACCUUAACUCAAGCGGAGCUAGUAGGACUAGUCUAUCUGGGGGAACAGGAAGUGGAACACAGGGUGCUACUAAACCGUUGUCUACUCCACAUAGACCAUCCUCUGCCUCAGGGUCGUCAGUGGUAACAGCCAGUGUGCAGUCCACAGCAGGAGCAUCAUUAUUGGCUAAUGCCUCACCUCUGACUCUCAUGACAUCACCUUUGUCUGUAACAAAUCAAAAUGUGACUCCUUUUGGGAUGCUGGGUGGCCUUGUUCCAGUGACCAUGCCCUUCCAGUUUCCCUUGGAGCUACUUGGCUUUGGAACGGACACAGCUGGAGUGACAACCACCUCGGGAUCUACCUCAGCCGCUUUCCACCAUAGCCUAACUCAGAAUUUACUAAAGGGUUUACAGCCAGGAGCUCAGCAUGCAGCAACACUUUCCCACUCACCUCUGCCUACACAUUUACAGCAAACAUUUAACGAUGGAGGCCAAAGUAAAGGGGACACUAAAUUACCACGGAAAUCUCAGUGACUUCCCAGCAAGCAAAGGAGAUGACACACUCGGCUGGCUGAUGGAAUCUACCUGAUGGAAAAGUACUCAUGUGGUCAUAGGGCUGCUGUUCUGUCGAUGUUUACAUUCUCUCGUCCCAAGCACUGUGGUGAGGAGGAAAAAGAAAAGAAAACAUUACUUGAGUAAAGCCAGGUGCAGGAGGAAGAAAUGCUUUCGUGCAAAGUUAGUGACCUUUUGGUCUUUUCUAAAGAAAGACAGAGUUACCAUAUUAACUGACUUGAAAGAGACUCAGUUGUCAAACCCACAGAAAUACAAAUUGGAUUUUUCCCGGGGGAGGAAGAAGGAAAUUGAGGAUUUGGGUAAACUCCAUCCAUCCUGGGGGUUGGAUCUGAACACUUGUAGACAUAAUUGCAUAAUAAAAGACAAUAUAUCUGAAAUUAGGCCAGUUUGUCAGGAGUAAUGAUCAUGUCUGGGUGGACCGUGCAGCAAAUUUGCCACAAAAAAAGUUAAUGACCCUAUGUCUGAUACAGACAGUAGCUGAGUAUAAAUCAUGUACCUUCAAAAAUCCUGAACAAACUUGAAUCUUCUC